AUGAUUAUUGAUCGAUAUAAUGUUGGAUAUGGUCUCUCAAGGUCACUCGUUGGUUUAGUGAGAUACUAUUCUUCAAGUGUAACGAAAAGAAGACCUGAUCUCCUAUCAAUUCUUCCAAAGAAAAAAAUUAUCAACAAACUUUUAUUUGAUUUCAACAGUAGAUUAACAUAUAAGAAAGCACUUCCAGUCCUCGAAAGCAUAUACAAGCAUCUAGAUAGCCCUGAAGAGAUAAUAUUGCCCAAUUAUGUAAAGGGCCAAGAUUUGAUGACCUUGAAAUCCAUGCUUUCAGGCGUACGAAAGGUUACAAACACCAUAGAGACAAAUUUGGUAAAUCUAGAGACUGAAUUGGUCGAACAGGCUGCAGAAAUGGGAAAUAACGAUGCUAUAACGAUUCUAGCGUUUGAUACGAUUCAAAACUCAUCAUCAACUAAGGAAGACUACCGUUAUGCAACAUCGUUAAUAAAAGAAUUAACUGAUAUGAAACAUCCUUUGGUCUUUAAAAUGGGCGGUGACCUAGCUUUCAAAAAAAAAUACUACGAGCAGGCAGAAUACUACUGGCUUGAUUUUUUGAAAGUGGAGUCUGAUACAAUUGCAGCUGCUCAAGUUUACUCCAAUUUGGGUAUAUACUACUUCAGUUACUUACGGCCUCGUCCUAAUCUAACCAAAGCCAAGUUGUGCUUUGAAAAAAGCAUAAAACUUGGGGAGCUUGAUGAAUACACUGUCCGUAGUCACUACUACUUGGGCCAGCUAUAUGCCAUCACUGAACCUCAAUUGUCUAGGUACCAUUUAGAAAUUGCUGCUUGUAAAGCUUUGAAAGAAAGCUUCCUGACUUUGGGAUUUUUGGAAAUGAAUGUGUUUAAUAACUUAAAUUCAGCUUACGAAUGGUUUAAGUUAGGGGUUGAAGCAAGUAAAGACUUAACUUGUAUGAUGGGCCAAUUUGACUGUCUUAUUAGAUUGGAACGCUUCAAGGAUGCAGCUUCGACAUUAAAGACCUUGAACACUAUCUCUCAACAAAUUAAAAAGCUAUCAGGGAAAGGUGACCUUCUGGCAGACGUCAAAGAACAUAUCAUGACAAAUGAUGCAUUGCUAAAAUUAUUUUUUGAUACUAGGAGGAAUGAAGUUGAUUUAUUAAGGAAUCUCUAA